AUGGAAAAUAAAUUCAGUGAUAUGGUGAUAUUUGGACACCUGGCUAGAUACAAAAACAUUAUACUCAGAGAACGUGACCGACUUGCUGGAGAAGUUGUGGAUCUAGAUAAACGAUUAGCUACAAACCGAUACUACUCUGAGAAUUUGGAAUACAUUAUUCGAAACAACGAAGAUGCUAUGAGUAAAAUGGCUUCCCGAGCCAAGUUCGCUGAGGGGGAACGCUUAAACGUAGAGUCAAAACUUCGAGCUCUUAUGAAGACAAUGGAAGAACAAAAAGAGGCUCAUGGUAAGACUAUGAUGAAACUAGACAUAGCAAAUAGAGACUUAUCCGAGACGACGCGAAAACUAUUUCAAAAAAUGUCCGACUACGAUCGGCAGCGAGUACAUUUAGAUAAAUAUAGAAGUGAAGUUAGCAUUAAUAAAGCAUUGCACAAAUAUGAAGAUGACAUUACCGACUAACAAAAUCAAAAAAAUAACGAAGAAAUGAUAAAGCAAUUAAGGCUAAUAGAAAAAGAAAAAUCAAAUGCGGUUUCCCAAUUAACUAGCAGGCUUAAAAAAUCAAUUGAAGAUCAAAAUAACGCAACAUCUCGAUUGUACAAUUUGAAUAGAAAGGUUAUGAUUUUAAACAGCGACAUUUUAAGGCUUAAAAACAAUAUAAAUUCUCUAGAGAAGGAUGUUUUAAACGCGAAUGGGCGAACUGAUGAUAUUCGUCGUAUUAAGGAGACAUUACAACGUGAACGUGACAGUCUAAGAAGCGAUAUUAUUAAAUUAAACAACGCCAUGGCGGAUUUAAAACAUGAUAUGAUGUUAAAGGCCAAUAUGAUCAGUUCUUUAAAUUUAGAUAUGAACAAGCUUAAUGUAAAACUCGAUGAAGCUUAUAUACUUAAAUCAAAAGCAGAGAAAGAGAGAGACGAAAUGGCACAAGAAAUGGAAACUCUUCAUGAACGCAUUGAGAACUACCAAGGUAAGAUUUAUUUUAUUUUUUUUUUUAAUAGAGAGAUACGAAUCUGA